CUUGCCAUUUGCCUAUAUUCUUAUCGCCCCUUCACCUUCCCAGUGUCCCGAUAUUGAUCAUGGCCUGACACAUUUAUACAUCAAGGUCCACCAGUCUGUUGCCAACAUGUGCUCACCAUCCGUGUCAUUCGGUUCAGCCUCACCCAGUCUGGUUGCUGCUGUGUCGUGUAUUGCACGACAGACACCAUAAUGGCGCUCACCACGGCCACGUCUUCGGCUGCAUCAUACUUGCAUCGCCGCGUCGGAUCACUCACAGACAAUGUCAGGCAGAAAAAGUCACUGUCGGGCUGGGUCUUGCCCAAGCAGACAACAACCUUUGCCGAUGAAGGCACCUGGUCCAACAUUGACUCUGAUGUGACUCCGAUUGAACGCCGGACCUGGUCAACAUGGACCCUGCUGGGCUUCUGGUUCAGUGAUGCCCUCAACGCCCAGGGCUGGCAGGUGGCAGCGUCGAUCAUGGCCGUGGGGCUUACAUGGAGGGAGGCUCUAUAUUGUCUCCUCAUUGGCUAUUCCAUGGUCAUUAUCCCUCUCAUCCUAAACGGAGCUAUCGGAGCGCAUCUGCACGUCAACUUUGCGGUCGCCUCUCGCGCAUCCUUCGGCUUCUACCUCUCACGAGUAGCAGUCGUUAUUCGCAUGAUCACUGCUCUAUUCUGGCACGCAAUACAAACAUACACCGGCUCGACCGCCAUGACGCAGGUCAUUCGUGCGAUCUGGCCCUCCUAUCUCGACAUCCCCAACACAAUCCCGGCGGCUGUCGGCAUCACCACACAUCAAAUGUGCUCUCACGUCUUGUUCUGGAGUCUCCAGUUCCCCUUUCUUAUGAUCCCGCCGCACAAGCUCAGCUGGUUCUUCGUGUUUAAGACGGUCAUCGUCAUGGUCACCUCGAUCGCCGUGGUGAUUGCCCUUUGCGUGAAGGCCGGUGGCGCCGGCGAAAUCUGGCAGCAGCAGGCAUCCGUGUCCGGCUCGACCAAAAGUUGGCUGAUCCUGUCGUCCAUGUCAAGCAUCACGGGCUCAUGGCUUACAAUGGGAACCAACAUUCCCGACUUCACCCGAUACCUGAAGAAGUCGAACGGAGUGUAUUGGCAGGCGCUCUUUAUGCCAGGAUUGGCGUCGCUCAUUGGAAUCUUUGGCAUCAUCGCUGCCAGUGCUGGAAAAGUGCUGUACGGAAGGUACAUAUGGGAUCCAGUCGAGUUGGCUGCGCAAUGGGAUGGACCGGCUGGUCGUUGCGGCGCAUUUUUCGUCGGCCUGUGCUGGAUCGUGGGCCAGAUUGGAACAAACAUCUCGGCCAACGUCAUCUCUUGCUCAAACGACAUGACGACACUGUUCCCGAAAUACAUCAACCUCCGCCGAGGCGCCAUCAUCACAACCGUCAUAGGAGGCUGGGUCAUGGUGCCGUGGAAGAUCAUUUCGUCGGCUGCCUCCCUGUUGACCUUUAUGGCUUCACUGGCCAUCUUCCUGGCGCCCAUUUCGGCCAUCAUCGGUGCCGAUUAUUGGAUCGUGAAGCGACGGCACAUUGACAUCCCGGCCCUGUACCGUCGUCGGGGCGUGUACCGUUACAGGGGAGGCUUCAACUGGCGCGCAGCGGUAGCUUCCCUCAUUUCUGUCGGCCCCAACCUGCCAGGCAUGGUGCAUGCCGUGACGCCGAGUAUUUUGGUCGGCGACGUCGUCCACAUCUACGACAUCAGCUUCUUGUGGGGAUUCACCAGCGCGUUCGUCGUGUACUGCACGCUGAAUUACUUUUGGCCGGCGACCGACACCCUCUUUGAAGUCACCAUACAUGAGGAGACGAAGGUCGUGGACGGAAUUGAGUACUACAACGACGGGUUGGCCACGCCAAUAGAGGCGGACUAUGUUACCAAGUCCGAAGAUAAAGGGAUUUCGUCUACAUCUACGUCUGUUUGA